AUGAUAGAACCGCAGCCUCCGAAUAAUGAUGGUGGACCCGGUGCAGCUAAAUCUAGUCCAUCUUUGCUAGCUUGUCUUGCGUGUCGGCACAAGCACCUCAGGUGUGAUGCAAAGACUCCUAUCUGUGGUCGUUGCGCCACAAAUGGAUCUGAAUGUCUUUACACAAAAUCGCGCCGAGGCUAUCAAAGUCGAUUCACUAAGAAGCGACGCGCUGAACCAGAAUACUCAGACCCGCCCAUGGACCCGGUCGCUGUCGAAGCCCCUGUCGAAGCCCCUGUCGACUGGAGUAUUCAGGCGGGCUUUCAGCAUACACCGGCAUCCACCACCGCCCCAUUCUCCACUUCGACGAGCCCUAGUAUGAGGGAUCUACCGGUGUCAGUGUUGUCUACUCCGCGACUAGGAACUGGACCACUGACACCAGAAUCCGCCUCUUCGGUAGCAGGUGAUGGCUACUUGCUUGAUAUUUAUUAUACAUACUUCCAUUCCGCACAUCCGAUACUUCCACCACUGCGAUUCUUCUUGCGCGGAAACUUUCCUCCGUUUCUGGAGCAGGUGAUGAAGUUUAUCGCUUCUCACUUCACACCAGCAGCUAACAGUGAAUUUUACCGCCCUACAGUCCUCAUAGACGUACAAAACGAAGAAACUUCAGUGGAAAAAGUUCAAGCGCUCUUGCUACUUGCCAUUGUGUUACAUUCGCGCAAUGAAAGAGGUGAAGCGGGAAUAUGCUUAGCCAACGCCGUGGACCUGGCAUUUGAGCUCGGGAUGCACCAAGAAAGCUUUGCUGAUUCAGCCAGCAAUGGCGACCCUAUUCGUGCCGAGUGCAUGCGACGCACAUGGUGGGAGCUUUUCGUUAUUGAGGGGCUACUCACGGCACUUGGUGUCCAGCGCGUGUACCGAACCAACCUAGUCCCGCCAGAAGUGCGACUUCCAUGCGAAGAACGUAUAUAUUCAGACGGACUGGUACCACCGCCGCCACCAAGCAUUGCUCAAUUUGACGAGCGUGUAUUUUCCGAUGAAGACCGUGACUUUUCGUCGUAUGCCUAUCGCAUUGAGGCAGUACGCGUCCUUGGUCGCGUGGUCGCAACGCAGGAAAUGACAGAGGGCCAACAAAAUCAUGUCGAAGCCAUUGAUGCACGCAUUGCCAGUUGGUUUCAUCACCUUCCUGAAUCCAAGAUGGAGCUCUUGCGUCCGGAUGGAUCAGUGGAUGAGAUCAUGUUCCAGGCUACAAUGAUCAUUAACGGCGCGUCCAUCUACUUGAAUUUCCCGCGAUCAGAUCUCUUGUCAUCACCGGCAGUUGCCGCAGAGGUGAUCUGUGGUCAAUCUGGGCCUGUCAGCAUUCCCGCAUUCUCUCAUCAUGUCCAUGCCAUAAAGGCGAUGAAAGCUGCUAGUGAGCUGUCUUCUCUAGCAGCCAUCCGCAUGCCUGUGGAACGUCAUACACCAUUUUUUAUUUGCGCUCUUACUCUCAGCUCCAUUGUCCAGCUGGCAGCCUGCUCUAUCAAGGCAGGUCAGAUGCCUGAUCCCAGCCGUGACCGUAUCGGGCUUACCAUUGGCGUCUUCAAAUCGCUUGGUCGCACCUGGGCCAUUUCGCAGUCUAUAAUGCGUCAAAUUAAGGCUGUUGCACGCGAUGUGUUACAAGUGGGCGUACGACCUACCAUGGACCAGAUCGAUCUGAUAUCGAUGCUGGACGGUGGUCUAUUCUGGUCAACGCAAGAAGGCCCUCGUUGA